UUAGCAAGCUGGAUGAGUCGGCCGCAACUCCACUAAGACGUCCAACAGCGUUGAAUGUGUUUUGGGAAGGCCAAUCGCCAAAGAAUAAUAUCAGUCUCUUUUGGAGCAUCAGUCAUAGCUCUCCAAAACAAAAGGGACAGAAAUCGCUUGGUCAGGAUUCGACAGAACAACGAUCCAUACCUCAAAGUCAAGAACCAUAG